GCGGCCGCCGGGAGGCCAAGCGGCACGGCAAAGAUGGCGGCUCCUCUUGCUGGGCAGGCGGGGGUUGUGCUGCGGGACCUGGCCCGGAGAUCCGCCCGUCUGCGGGGCAGCUUCCCGGCUGUUCAAUUAACCCCUAGACGAUGGCUGAACCUGCAAGAGUACCAAAGCAAAAAAAUAAUGGCAGACCAUGGGGUUACAGUUCAGAGAUUCUUCGUAGCUGAUUCUGCAAAUGAUGCCCUGGAGGCUGCUCAGAGACUAAAGGCAAAGGAGAUUGUUCUGAAGGCACAAAUUCUGGCUGGAGGGAGAGGAAAAGGUAUUUUCAACAGUGGAUUGAAAGGAGGAGUUCAUCUAACUAAAGACCCUAAGAUUGUUGAACAGCUUGCUAAACAGAUGAUUGGGUACAAUCUGUCAACAAAGCAAACUCCAAAGGAUGGUGUGACAGUUAAAAAGGUGAUGGUUGCAGAAGCACUGAAUAUUUCCAGGGAAACAUACUUUGCGAUCUUGAUGGACAGAGCCUGCAAUGGACCUGUUAUGGUUGGCAGCCCAAAGGGUGGUGUUGACAUAGAAGAAGUUGCAGUUACUAGCCCAGAACUUAUCUUUAAGGAGGAAAUAGAUAUUUUUGAAGGCAUAAAAGAUCAUCAGGCAUUGCAGAUGGCAAAAAAUUUGGGCUUCAAAGGACCUUUGCAACAGCAGGCAGCAGAUCAAAUUAAGAAGCUGUAUAAUCUUUUCUUGAAAAUUGAUGCCACUCAGGUUGAAGUGAAUCCCUUUGGUGAAACUCCAGAAGGGCAAGUUGUCUGUUUUGAUGCCAAGAUAAACUUUGAUGACAAUGCAGAAUUUAGGCAAAAAGAAAUAUUUGCUAUGGAUGACAAGUCUGAAAAUGAGCCUAUAGAGAAUGAAGCUGCCAAAUAUGACUUAAAAUAUAUAGGACUGGAUGGAAAUAUUGCUUGUUUUGUCAAUGGAGCUGGGCUUGCAAUGGCAACAUGUGAUAUAAUAUCCUUGAAUGGUGGAAAGCCAGCCAACUUCUUGGAUCUCGGUGGAGGUGUGAAAGAAGCACAAGUAUACCAAGCAUUCAAGCUGCUGACUGCUGAUCCAAAGGUUGAAGCAAUACUUGUAAACAUAUUUGGUGGGAUUGUGAACUGUGCCAUCAUAGCCAACGGUAUUACCAAAGCCUGCCGAGAGCUUGAGCUGAAAGUACCUUUGGUGGUCAGGCUGGAAGGAACAAAUGUUCAUGAAGCCCAGCGUAUCUUGAAUGAAAGUGGACUCCCCAUCACGUCUGCAAAUGACCUUGAGGAUGCAGCAAAGAAGGCAGUGGCUAGUGUGGCCAAAAAAUAACAGCUUGAGGAUUAUUCUGAUGAGAAAGUUUGUUUGUUUCACGAGGUAUCAUUCCUGUGGUUCUUUCAGAGAGGAGUAGUGGUUUUUCUAAGCAGUCAUCAGUGUUGAUGGACUGAAUUUGUGAUACAAGGCAAACUCGGGCCAGAGGCUUGCAAGAGGCGUCAACAAUUUUGCAGCUACAGUCUUGAAAAGUUUGUAUGUUUUCAUCUCAUUCUGGUCAUUUUGUUACUCAGAAUUGUUAUAAGUAAUGCUUCACUUCCUAAAGCUCUUUUUCAGUUUUCUGUCUUGAGAUUGUCACUGAUAAACUCAUAAUUAAUAAUUGUCAACAGGGUUGUUCUUUAAUCAAACACACGUAGGUCACCUAUUUCACAAUAUUCUCAUUCCUCUUUUAUAUUGUAAAGAGCAAACUAAUAAUGGGGUUAUAUUUUGUAUGGACUUUUACAGUAAUGUAGAACAUUGUGCUUGCAAUAUCUAUUUUUAUUCCAAUGAAUAUGGGUUAUUUUCUUUUUCAGAAAUGACACGUUUUGCCUUAAGGUGUUUUUCUUUUGUAGAUGCCAAAGUAUACCUCACCACGGGAAGCAAGGGACCGAAUAGUUGGUAGUGAAAGGACCUUCCAUUCUUAUACUGUGCCCAUAAGCUGGCCAAAUGUGAUUCAUUUUAUUUUCUGGGUUUUGGAAAUGAGGUGCAGUAUUUCUAGGUGUAACAGUGCCAUGCAGAGAGCACUAGGAGGAUGAGCCUGCCAGGAGGAAAAUGGCUGCUAACUUCUUAAACCAACCUCUUUCAUAACUGUGUGUCGUGGUUUUGCCCAGCCGGGAAACAAAGAGCCACGAGGCUGCUCGCUCACUCCUCCCCUCCCGGUGGAGUGGGAAGGAGAACCAGAGAAAAAGGGGAAAAACCCGCGUAGGUUGAAAUAAGAGCGGUUUAAUAGAACAACAAUAAGAAUGAACAGGUUCAGGGGGAAAAAGGAACAGUUUUAACAGUACACGAGGGGAAUAUACAAAAGGAAUGGCGCGUGCCGCGGCUGCUCACCACCCAGGACCCGACGCGACUCCCCCUCCGACCGGUAGCCCCGCCUGUGCUCCCGAAGCCCCGCCCCCGACUAGCUCCUUGCUUCUAGGUACUGGGCAUGAUGUCAGUAUGGUAUCGAAUACCUGUUGGCCAGCCCAGGUCAGCUGCCCAUGCUGUGCCCCUUCCUACUUCCUCAUCAAAGUUAACUCUAUCCUAGCCAAAACCAGGACAUUCCACCCCUUAUUCUAUACCAUCUACAUCAUGCCUAGUUUCACAAUAUACAACAUCUGGGCACAUUUCCUCUCCCUGAAAAAAAUAGGGGCACACACAGAGAAGUAUAUCAUUCCCUCAGUUUAUAGGCCACCCCCCUAACACUCCCGUUAAGUCCAUUUAGCCGUUUAGUUCAUAACUUCAGGUCUUAUUCAUCAUAAAUCUUUCACAGCAGGGCAGAUGGGGUGUGUGUGUGGGAUAGGUCACUGCAUGCAGUAUCAGGAUUUUGCAGUUGGUCCUUUAGGUGUGUCUUGUCUGUAAGUUGAAAGCACUGAUCUUGAGGACGUCACUGGGCACCAAUUCACAUUCUGCUCUUCUGUAUCUUGCUUGUCCAUGUCCAUCUUUCGGUGAUCUGGGUGGUCCUUACUGUAGUGUCAGUGAUAUGGCACAGAGCAACUAUGGUAAUGACGACAUACAACAACAAUGUUAUUUAACAACUAACAUAAUACAAUUUGAUUCAACGAAUUCACAGGCUAUUCUCACCCAAAAUCAAUUUUCCUUGAGGUACACACUGGGUUGUCCCAUCCUUACACAUCACCCACCAAGUGUACCCAGGUCCCUGAGCAAAAACAAUCCCACGAAUGGGUUUACCUUUACCCAAGGUAGGACUCACCCAUACUGCUUUCCCUAACAGAUCUUUUACGUGCACUACAGGGACUUUAUCCCCUUCUACAGUAUGUAAAAGUUCCGAUUGGGCAGGGCCAGCUCUGUUCACAGAUCCUCUGGAGUUGACUAGCCAGGUGGCCUUUUCUAAAUUUGUGUCCCAAUGUUUGAAUGUUCCACCCCCCAUCGCUCUCAGUGUGGUUUUCAAUAGUCCAUUGUGUCGUUCAACUUUUCCUGAG